UGUUGAUUCAAUUGAAGAAAGCACUGAACAAAUCACCCACAGUUCCUACCGUUAGAAAGGGGUAUGGCGACUCUUGAUUCCGACGUGCCAAUGAUUCCGGCCGGCGAGGCAUCGAGCAGCGCCGGACCGUCUUCCAAGAAGCCCAAGCGUUUCGAGAUCAAAAAGUGGAACGCGGUCGCACUCUGGGCUUGGGACAUCGUUGUCGAUAACUGUGCCAUCUGCCGGAACCACAUCAUGGAUCUAUGCAUCGAGUGCCAAGCCAACCAGGCCAGCGCAACUAGCGAAGAAUGCACAGUGGCGUGGGGUAUGUUUUUGAUUCGCUCUAAUUGCUGUUUUGAUUUGAAAUAGGUUUUUAGAAUGCUU